UAAAUCAAAUAAUUAAAAUUUAUCUUACGAUGUCUUUCUUUUCUAUCUAAGAAACUAGAACAACACUGCUCUCAUCCACUGAACUUUAUCCAAAAAUGUCAACCGAGAAUGAACCCCACGCGCCACUGCUCCGCCCUCGCCAAGACCCUCCGACCUCCCCAACAUCCCGCCAAACCACCCUAUCCGCCCUCCUAGGCCGAGCCACCGGACGACGCGGCCCCUCCAUGCUGGUAAGAGAAACAGCGGCGCGUGAGCUGGAUGAGAGACGCGCCGACUGGGGGUACUCGAAGCCGGUUGUGUCAUUAGACAUGAUGUGGAACGCAGCGUUCGUGGUGGUGUCGGUAACGAUGCUUCUGGUGACGGUGAAGGAGAGGCCGAACACACCGAUAAGGAUAUGGAUCUGUGGGUACGCGUUGCAGUGUCUGGUGCAUGUCGUUUUGGUGUGGCUGGAGUAUAGGAGAAGGAAUACGCGAAGAGAGAGAGAUAUAGAGAGCCAGCAACAGUCAACUGAGGAAGAGAAUGUUCCUGAGAGUGACGAAGAGGAUGACAGGGCUUCUUUCAUUUCUCCUAGAUCAAGCGUUACUAAAAGAUGUGAAUCGGUGAAUACGAUGGUGUCAUUUCUUUGGUGGAUGGUUGGCUUUUAUUGGGUAGUCUCUGGUGGCGAUGUCCUUUUGCAAAAUGCUCCACAUUUGUACUGGCUGGCUGUGGUUUUUCUCGCGUUUGAUGUGUUCUUUGCGAUCUUUUGUGUUGUUUUGGCAUGUUUGAUUGGGAUCGCUCUCUGUUGCUGCUUGCCAUGCAUUAUUGCUAUUCUUUAUGCUGUUGCGGGGCAGGAAGGUGCAUCAGAAGCAGAUCUCAUUCAGCUGCCAAAAUACAAAUUUCAAAUGAUACGCAAUGAGGAAAAGCCUGGCAUUGAGGCAGGGAAAAUGGUUCCUGUUGAAACAAGUAGCAGAUUUUUGGGAACUGAGCGUAUACUUUUACCUGAGGAUGCAGAAUGCUGUAUAUGUCUCAGCCCAUAUGAGGAUGGAGCAGAACUCCAUGCACUCCCUUGCAACCAUCAUUUCCAUGCUACAUGCAUUGUGAAAUGGCUUAAGAUGAAUGCAACAUGUCCUCUCUGCAAGUUCAACAUUCUCAAGGGAAAUGAACAAGCAUGAAGAGAAUACAAGGAGACACAGUAUUCAGCUGGGUUGAUGCCCCCCACACACCGUUCAUCUUCAUGUACAGAAGAAACCGAGGCAGAAGGAAAGAAGCUUCUUCAAAUUCCUGUGAAGAAUACAAGUUGUGUCAUUCAGUCAAUCAAGCUUCAUUUAGUGUAUUCAUUUCGGCCUUUGGAGUUGUAUUGAUUCUUCUUCCUCUCCUGAGUUGUUCGAGGAGUGUGAAAAAUGGAGCAAGAGUUUUCAGGCCUUCUGUUUAUGCUUAAAUUAUUUGUUUGUAGUUAUGUAAUUGCACGAUUGCAUCUAUAGUAAUACCUGUGCCAUUCUGAUUGUGGCUUUUAGGUAUACGUGUAUCAGCCUCCUUGGCAUUGUAUUCAUUGAAGAUCUGAUUUUCAGGCUUCAUGGCUGUGUACAAUUUAUCUGAAGCGUUCUUUUCUUUGUAGUUAUAUGGAAUGAUGUUUCUCGUUGCAGAGGCUUAUAA